CAACGUACGUGAUGAGUUAGUUUGCGGUCCAUAAAAUAAAAUUACCUAUAACAAUAGCCUACUAGCCAGGAAUUUAAAUGAAUUCACUCAAACAUUUCCCAAGAGGCAUUUAGGCUACAGUUUAGAUGGGGGCAUAAAACUAAAAAGAAAGAACAUCCCUUCUAACGUUAUAGUUUCACAUCCAAUCUGUGGGACAGACUCCACCCUGUAUCCAAUAUGGUCAAGUCCUUCCCACCUAUCCAUAACCAACCAUGUUCAUUCACCUCCAACUAUCAACAGGGAUCAUACCUAUCACUUACAGCGAAGGCAACACAAUGCUUUUCACCUGAGAGGAUUCAAAAUUAAUUUCGGAUUAAUUUCUAUUGAAAGAUCACAGACAUUUACUUUAACCAUGGACAUUUUCUUAUAAAAUGUGGAUAUUUCAAACUAGUUGAUUUCUUUUAGAAUUCGCUGCAGAUCGUUUCAAAGGUAUACUUUUUUGAUUGGCAACGUUUCAACUGGGCACCAGGUAAUUUAGAUGAUGAUGUCUAGGUUGCAGCUAUUGCUCCUGUUGUGGUGCGCCAUCGCCCUCACUUGGGCACCAGUCGCAUCCAGCGAUGUGAUGGAGAACUCUUUGACAGAUGUCCAUGAUGGAAUUAAAGAGCAACUAGAACAGACCGAGGGACCACUUCUGGAUGAUGAGAUGGACAACCAGGAGAACGUUUUAACUCAGCUGCUGGGGGAUUAUGACAAAGUGAAAACGCUGUCCGAAGGCUCAGACUGUCGCUGUAAAUGUAUUGUCAGACCCCUGAGCAGAAGUGCCUGCCGGCGGAUAGAGGAGGGUGCAGCAACGGCUGAGGACUUUUAUACCGUGGAGACUGUGACGUCGGGGCCUAACUGUAAAAAGUGUGCGUGCAUAGCCCCGCCCUCUGCUCUGAAUCCCUGCGAGGGAGAUUACAGGUUCAAGAAGCUGCAGGAGGCGGGGAAAGAUGACAUCAAGCUCUCAACAAUAAUGGAGUUGCUGGAGGGAGCGUUUUACGGGAUGGAUCUGUUAAAGUUACACUCAGUUACAACUAAACUUCUCAGGAGGGUUGACAAUAUAGAAACGACCUUUUCUCGAAACCACACGGAGAAGGAGAAAGUGAGUGUGAGGAGCCGCUCUAGUGAGGAGAAUGAGAGAGAGAAGGAGAGAAGAGCACAGCAGAGGAUGGAAAAGAGAAAACGUCUAACUGAGCUGAAGCCGUCCCUGCAGAAGGAUACGGCGGCAGCCUAUACUAACACAGAGAAGUAUGAGGAGCGCUACGUGGGGGCCAAGGGCCAAGGGGCCACCAGGCCCAUGCUGAAGAGGAGCCAGCCAGAGGACAGGGAGGAGCCCCAGUGGCCCCUGAAAGGCAAGGUGGGGCCCAACGGCAUGGUCAUCAGAGGGGUGACCUUCUACAAGGCCAACACAGUGGACGAUGGAGCCGCUGAAGAGCUCACAGCAGAGGAAACCCUGAGCGGUGAUGGUUCCAUGGACCUGCUCAUCGAUGACCAGCUACUGAGACCCACCCAGCCCAGACCUGUGGCAGGCCCCCCGACACCUGCAUCCCAAGACAGGAAGGGGAACCCAGAUGACCAGGCCACUGACACCCCCAAAACAGCCGCUAGUCCCCAAAGGAAUCCCAUUGCAUCUGCCCCUGGAGAUACCGGGACACCAUCAACCACUGUUUCCAUCCCGACCACCACCACCAUUCAAACAAACACUAACACACCGGUUGCGACCACCACAACCACCAUUCAACCAGCGACUACCACAACCACCACUCAACCAGCGACCACUAGAAAACUUGAAACCUUGUCUGUUUUGACCACGUCUCCAACCACUGCACUGCAAAAUGUCAACAGCACCACAGCUCCGACCAGCAAGGUGACUAGUGUGCCCAGACCCAAGCAUCACAUCAGCUGGACAGAGGGCCACUCAGAGGUUCCCUCGGCGACCCCUAAAGUCCCUGGCCUGUGCAAAGACACUUUGGCCACCAUCUCUGACCCAGUGACCCAUAAUACCUACGGCCGGAAGGAAGGUGCCUGGAUGAAGGACCCGAAGGGCAACGGAAAUGUAAUCUAUGUCACCAACUACUACUAUGGCAACAACCUACUGGAAUUCCGCGACAUGGACACCUUCAAAAAAGGACGCUUCACCAAUUCCUACAAGCUGCCGUACAACUGGAUCGGCACGGGCCACGUCGUAUACAACGGAGCCUUCUACUACAACCGGGCCUUCUCCCGUGACAUCAUCAAGUUUGACUUGCGUCUACGCUACGUUGCGGCCUGGACAACGCUGCACGACGCAGUGUUUGAGGAGGAGGAGGACUCCUCCUGGAGGUGGCGAGGACACUCGGACAUCGACUUUGGGGUGGACGAGAGCGGCCUGUGGUUGGUGUACCCUGCGCUGGACGAGGAGGGCUUCCACCAGGAAGUAAUCAUGCUAAACCGUGUGAACCCGGCUGACCUCAGCCUCCAGAGUACGUUCAGAACAGGCCUGAGGAGACACUUCUACGGAAACUCCUUUGUCAUCUGUGGCGUCCUGUACGCGGUGGACAACUAUGAGCGUACCCACGCCAAUAUAUCCUACGCCUUUGACACGCACACACACACCCAAAUGAUCCCCAGAUUACCAUUCACAAACAACUACACGUACACAACGCAAAUCGACUACAACCCCAAGGACAAAAAGCUGUAUGCAUGGGACAACGGUCACCAGGUGACAUACGAUGUUAUAUUUGCAUAUUAAAAGCUGUGGAGUAGUGCUAAAAUAAAAAGGGACCAGCACUUUUUUUGUAUAAAAGUUUAAAAAUAUAUAUAUAUAAAAAAAUGGUCUUAGUGGAUUGUAGAGCAGUCUACAUGGCCUUUAUGUGUUGUACUGUAUAAUCCACGUUUAUGUUGUUCCAGGCUCCCGUGUUGUCCCAGCGCAUGUUGUUGUAUUUUAUAUAAUGGUCAUGGUCUUUAAUUGCCCAAAGGGCAGCAAGCAAGAUCAUUCAGCGAAGCAAGACAAGGUAUUUUCUUACUGCUUGUUAGAAGUUUAAAGUGUAUGUUGUAUAUACAUCAAUUAAAAAAUAAAACUGUUAAUAAAA